UUUGGCCCCGGAAAAGUUUUACUUCGUAGAUUACGCAGGCCUCGACAGCCGUUGGUGUACAACUGAAUGCGUAUAACAAAUAAGAACGAAAUUGAAGGGAAAAAUGAGGAAAUUUGGAACUUUCUAAUGAGAAGUACAAAUCCGUUCCAGUGCUAAUAGGUUGCAUUAAAUCCACAUCAUUGAUGCAGCUAAAAUCAUCACCGAACAAGAUGCAUGAUGAGUUGAAGGAAGAUGUGCGUUAUCUUCGCCGUAAAGUAAGAAAAUUGGAAGAGAGAAUAGCAUCAUUAGCGUCUGCGAAGACAGAGGAAAAUCCUGAUGACGCUAAACUCGCCUUGGUUGAACAUCUUGAAGAGUCUGAUGUGCAACAAGUUCUGACCACAAUGACUUUUUCAAUUUUUUCUAAAGAUGAUCUGCUUAACUGUUCUAGGACUGGAAAGCGUACUGGUAAAUGUGUGGGAACUCCACGCCCGCCACUUGAUGUUGCAAAACUGGAUAUGUUGGAAAGACUUGUGAGAAAAAAACCAAACUGAGCAAGGAGAGCUUUUGUAAAAAAUUCGAAAAUCUUCAGAAAACCCUGAGACAAAAAGAGCAGAAACUAUAAGCGUGUGAUGAUGACUGAUGUAAACAGUUGUCUCUUUUCCAGUUUCCAUUAAAUAAAAUUUAGUUGAUUUACUAAUUUGAAAAUCUUUUUGAAAAUCUUCAGAAAACUCUGAGACAAAAAGAGCUGAACUUAUAAGCGUGUGUGAAUAUGUUGAAGAUUCUUGGUGAAAGAAGACUAGUUAAUGCAACUGUUUCAUCUGUAAACGUAUAACUAUGUUUGAGUCGAGUUGAAUUUAUUUCAAAAUGUUUCUUAUUGUUUGAUGGUUUGUUUUUGCACAAGUCAAGGACUUGUUUUGUUUUUGCAUAAAGCCUGUAUUUUCCAGUUUCAAUUAAAUGAUUUUUAGUUAAUUCAGUAAGGCCUUUUAUUUUUUAUCUUUCGGUUUACGGAACUGCCGCUCAAAAAAAUGUGUUUUCAGAAAAAAAAUAAAAUUGGAAAAACG